UUGAGAAAACGAUAGUGGAGUACCAGGAGGAGAAUGAUCGGCUACGGAGACUGCUGUGGAUCACGCCAGAAAUAAAACAACGUAGAAUAGAGGCUGUACCAAAGAUGCUGGGAGAGGAUGUACCAAAGAGGCUGGGAGAGGCUGUGCCAAAGAAGCUGGGAGAGGCUGUACCAAAGAGGCUGGGAGAGGCUGUACCAAAGAGGCUGGGAGAGGCUGUGCCAAAGAAGCUGGGAGAGGCUGUGCCAAAGAAGCUGGGAGAGGCUGUACCAAAGAGGCUGGGAGAGGCUGUACCAAAGAGGCUGGGAGAGGCUGUACCAAAGAGGCUGGGAGAGGCUGUACCAAAGAGGCUGGGAGAGGCUGUACCAAAGAGGCUGGGAGAGACUGUACCAAAGAGGCUGGGAGAGGCUGUACCAAAGAGGCUGGGAGAGGCUGUACCAAAGAGGCUGGGAGAGGCUGUACCAAAGAGGCUGGGAGAGGCUGUACCAAAGAGGCUGGGAGAGGCUGUACCAAAGAGGCUGGGAGAGGCUGUACCAAAGAGGCUGGGAGAGGCUGUACCAAAGAGGCUGGGAGAGGCUGUACCAAAGAGGCUGGGAGAGACUGUACCAAAGAGGCUGGGAGAGACUGUACCAAAGAGGCUGGGAGAGGCUGUACCAAAUAGCCUGGGAGAGGCUGUACCAAAGAGACUCCCUGCAGCUCUCUCUCGCUGUCUCUGAAGAGGAGGUUCUCCCUGAGCAGCAGCACUGUGAGCCGGAAUGGAGCCCCAGUCUGGGGCAGGAGGACCCCGAGCCCACACAGAUUAAAGAGGAACAGGAGGAAGUCAGGACCAGUCAGAAGGAAGAGCAGCUUCAAGGGCUGGAGGCUGAUAUCAUAGAGUUCCAAUUCACUCCUUCCUGUGUGAAAAGUGAAUGUGAUCAGGAGGACCCACUUUGGUCCUUGACUCUUCCCCAAACCCAGACUGUGGAAAACAAAGAGUGUGACUCUAUACCAGUGGAUCUCAAACCUUUUGGCACUGUGACUCACCUAAAGAGUCUCGCCAUUCCCCGUAACCCUCCAGAUAAUGAUAACAAUGCCUCCAGCCACAGCUCAGCCAUAAGCAGAGACCCAGUAGCACUUGACAGCAGCCCACAAUUGGAUUCCAGCCCACCAUUGGAUCCCCACACACCACUAGAGAAACUUUCUUCCAAACCCAGCAUCACGUCUAGAAAAACUCACCGCUGCUGUGACUGUGGUGAAAUGUUUGCUCCAAAAGCUGACCUGCUGAGUCACGUAACUCUAAACAAGAAGAGACCCAGGGAAUGCUGCUUCUGCCAAACCUGUACACUGAAGGCCCAUGUCCGACUCUGUCACAUGGAGAAACCCUGCACCUGCCCUGAUUGUGGCAAGUCAUUCAAAUACAAAGGAGAUCUGUCCAGGCACAUGAGGAUUCACACAGGAGAGAGAUAUUUUAGCUGUGGUGACUGUGGGAAAAGUUUCAGUCUCAAGGGGAACCUAAUGAAGCAUAAACUGACUCACACAGGAGCAAAACCUUUUAGCUGUGGUGACUGUGGGAAGAGCUUCAAUCGGAAGGAGAACCUAACCAUGCAUAUACGUACUCACACAGGAGAGAAGCCAUUUAGCUGUGUCGACUGUGGGAAAAGCUUCAGUCUCAAGGGGAACCUAAUGAAGCAUAAACUGACUCACACGGGAGCAAAACCAUUUAGCUGUGGUGACUGUGGGAAGAGCUUCUCUGUCAAGGGGAACCUAACCACGCACAAGCUGACUCACACAGGGGAAAAACCAUUUAGCUGUGGUGACUGUGGGAAGAGCUUCAAUCGCAAGAAAACCCUAACCAUGCAUACGUAUUCACACAGGGGAGAAACUAUUUAGCUGUGGUGACUGAGAAAAGCUUCAGUCGGAAAGGGGACCGAGAGGGGCUCAUACUGACUCAAACAAGAAAUAAACACUUUUAAUGUGGUGACUGCAGGAAAGAUUUAAUGUCAAGGGGAAUCUAACCACUCAUAAACUGACAAAAAGGAGU